AUGUCCUAUGUUCAAAAUGACGAUACACCACAAAGCAAUGAAUUUUUUUGUAAGGAGGGUGAUAAUAAUGAAAUAUAUAAUAGGCAACAAAAAUCUCAUUCAAUAGACACUCAAAACUUAGAUCAGUUACCAUCAAUUUCACCGGAACCUCAUGUCGAUGAAAUGAAAUUGUCGAUAGACGAACUAUCAUCGCAAGACAAUGGUAAAAUUGAAAAUGAAGAUAAUUUGUUAGAAAAUGGACUCGAGAAAAUCGAGUUCGCAUCGCCAUUGUCUGUUGCUACUACGGCGGCAGCGACAGCAACGACAUCAUCAAAUGAAAAAGAAGAAUCGUCAUCAAACGAUAAGGAAGACGUUAUCAGUAUGGAGAUGGACGGGGCUUUAGCACAAUUGGUGUCAAUGGGCUUUGAAAUUACCAUUGCACGGGUUGCCUUGAAAAAGAACGAAGGUCGAGAUUUUGAUACAGUCGUCCACUGGUUAUUACAGCAGAAGGAUGAAGAAAAACAGAAAUCCAAAG